UUCUCAUAGACCACACCAACCUCACUUCGUUGUCAGUUUAUAUGGGCUCACUUCAGCGCUCGCUCUUCGCAGGCAUGGCCCCCGACCGAGGACAUGUUUGGUGGCAUCGUGUCCUUGAAGAGCUCGCCGUGGCGGCCCCUCUGGCAAUCGGCGGGUGGCUGAUGUUUCGAUAUAUCCUGAAACAAAUGAACAUCGACCCUGAAGCGGAUACGAAAGAACAUGCCCGAAUCUCCACCGCAGCCAUUCUGCGCCGACUAGAGGAACCUCGUAAAGAUCCAAGCGCCGCCUCCGCGUCGAGUCGUCCUGCUAGAGAAGAUCUCCAUCUAUCACAAUAUGAACAGACUAUCCUACAAGAUCUGGUGUUUCCAGAAGAUAUUUCGGUGUCGUUUGACGAUAUUGGAGGAAUGUCCGAUAUCAUAGAGGAACUGCGGGAAUCUGUUAUCUACCCACUCACCAUGCCGGAUCUCUACUCUACAUCAUCUUCCCUCCUCUCUGCACCCUCAGGAGUCUUAUUAUAUGGCCAGCCGGGAUGUGGUAAGACCAUGCUGGCGAAAGCCCUCGCUCACGAGAGUGGCGCCUGUUUCAUCAAUUUACAUAUUUCCACCUUGACAGAGAAAUGGUUCGGCGAUUCCAACAAGCUCGUCAACGCAGUCUUCACCCUAGCAAGGAAGUUAGAACCUGCUAUCGUCUUCAUCGACGAGAUCGACGCCGUGUUAGGAACCCGUCGUAGCGGCGAGCACGAGGCAACAGGCAUGGUGAAGGCCGAAUUCAUGACCCAUUGGGAUGGACUGGGCUCCUCAGACUCAUCCGGCCGACCUCAGCGAAUCCUCAUCCUUGGCGCAACCAACCGAAUACAAGACAUUGACGAUGCUAUUCUUCGGAGAAUGCCCAAGAAAUUUCCCGUCUCCUUACCGGGCACCUCACAACGACUCAAGAUUCUACGGCUUAUGCUAAAGGACACAAAAUUAGACCCGGCCGAUCUCGAUCUGGAGUAUCUCUCUCGAGUCAUGGCAGGCAUGUCUGGAAGUGACAUCAAAGAGGCAUGUCGAGAUGCGGCAAUGAUUCCAGUGCGUGAGAUGAUUGCGCGACAGAGACAGGAUGGUCAGCGGAUGGACCAGAUGAGAGCAGGGGAUAUAAGAGGGCUUCGCACAACGGAUUUCUUUCAGGGUACGCCGGGGUCUAAAAUCUCGAAGCAAUUACAGAAUGAAAAGGACGAGCAGGCCUGGAGUACAGCAUCGUCGUCGGGUGGUGCGGAUUCGGAUAUGCAGGAAGCGGUGGAAGAGAUCGCAUCAUGAGACUUUCUGGGUCUCUAUUGUUUAGCUCUGCUCAUUGCUGAGCUUUGAUUCUCGCGAGAUGCAUCUUGAUGCAAGUUGUGGGUUUGCCAGACACGAAUGAACAGAACUCUACUCCAUUUUCAGCCUGGCGUCGAACCGUGUACCAUGCACCUGGGCACGAAUCGACUUUUUGCGAUGGCGCCAAGGAUGCAGAUAACGCUGGAACCAGAAUGGAAGGAGAUCCGUUAGCAUCGGAACCCCCAGUAUAGGACUUCCGGGGCUGGGGUAGACGAGGAAACACGGGUAGGAUCCAGAAUACCAGCUACUAGCAUAUCUAGACGGGAGAGCGUACUUGAUACCUUUUGCAAAUGGACAAUAUUAAUCGGUCCUCACACCUA